AUGUUUCCUGCUGCUAUUCUUACGAUUCUAGCUAUCCGAUCAGCAUGGAAGGAUGUGUUUGAGAAGAAACGAUGGAAUAACAUUUGGAUUCUCACAAUCCGAAGCGAUCACACUCUUCACCUUGCUAUCCAUGCCACAGUUAUGCUGCUUACUGGUAUCUUUGUGAUCAAUGCGGAGGUUUUCACUCGAUUGAUGUUCUCUUCUAGUCCAUUGCUCUAUAUUUUUGUCGCCAGAUAUAUUGAUGAGCUGACGCAAGGACUGAAAAUUUCCCGGUAA